AUGUGGUGUGCCUGCAAUCAUGCUGAGGAAGAACCCUUCGCUGACAAGGCGAGCUUGCCGAUGUACAGCGACGCCGAGCUGGGUCAAAAACCCGUGGAGCCGAACGAGGAGACGAUUCAAAAGUUCAGCGAGGUCGAGGUCAUGGCCCAACCCAAGGCUGCUCAGAUCCAAGAAAGCAGAGAGGAAACCGAGGAGGAAUCCAUCGAGGAGUUAGCAGAGAAGAAGACAUCAGCUGAGAAUAUUGCCGCGGAGAUGGAGAAGGUGGAGAGAACGGCUCAGAAGGCGCUUGAAGCACAGAAAGAAAACGCCAAGGCGUUGCAGGCAAUGGAGCGGGUACACGAAGAAUACAUGACAAAAAUGAGGGAGCAGCAACAGUUAGCAGAAAGCACCAACAAGGAGUUGCAAGAUAUGAAGAAGGCGUACGAAGAUAAGAUUAAGAAGAUACAGGAGGAACAAGAGAAGGUGAGCGUAGACGCAGCAAACACCAAGAAAGCUUUGCAGGAUAUGGAGAAGGUACACGAAAAUAAAAUGAAGGACCAGCAAGUGACCAACACGAAAAUAUGGGAGAGCAUGAAAGACAUGUCAAAAGCACUGCAGGAUGAGAAAGUCAAGAAUCGUGUGAUGGAGAGGUAUGUUGAGAAUGACAAACAGAACAAGGCAGAAGAAAAACUCCAAGCUCAGAAAGCCAAGAACAAAGCCGAGGAGAAAGAGCGGCAAUUGAAGCACAAGCCUCCUGAGAGUGUUUAUACAGCAGCCUUGAUCACGUGGUUAUGCUUGAAGUGCCCCAAAUGCCAAAAGCACUCCAUUCUGAGCUUCUUCGGAGUUGAGGUCUCGAGCUUCCUUGUUGCCGGUUUGAGCGUAGCAGCUCAAUCCUUUGUGAUCUACUACUUGUGGUACGACCUGGAGCAGCGCCUCGAGUGGGGCCAGGACCCAACAUACAAGGGCGAAAGGGCCAUUGCCCCUUGCUCCUUACACCUCAAUCUCACCUUACAAUUGAUUGGUGCUGGCGCGUUUGUUGGCAUCAUGCUGGCCGACCUGGAGGAAAGUCUCAUGAUGUUCUGGUGGCUCUACCAGAAAAAUGUUCUUCAUGAAUCCGACGAUCCAGGAUAUGAAACCGGUGGGAAGAAUGGCCUCAAGGUUGAGGGGGAGGAAGUGGUGGAAUUCAGCAUGAGUCGACGCCGGAGGAUUUUGGGUGCCAUUUUCUGUGUGCUGCCCAAGUUCGUGAUCACCGUAUGUCUCACUAUCGUUGGAACCCGGUUUGUGGUCCUGGCUGACGACAAUGCCGAACUACUCCUGAAUUGUGUGGCCAUGAUCUUUGUGAUUGACUUCGAUGAAUUGUGUGGCCAUGAUCUUUGUGAUUGA